AUGUCGGUGGAAUACGAACUGGUUCGGCCGAGAAUCGUUUCGGUAAAAGAGGUUUUGGGAUACCGGCAGUUCUUUUCGGUUGCGUUCGCCGUGCCCGAGUUGUUGUCUGUGAGUGUAUUGUCAGUGAGGCUGGUUGCGCCGUCGUUUACGACACACUCGUUCGCCAUGAAUCAGAGAAUGAUUGUGAUGAAGCUGAUCGGAGUGACGCGCGUGGCGCCGGAGACGUAUGAGAUUAGCUUGGUGGGGCCCUCGACGGGAGAGAUUGCGCCGCCGGGUUAUUAUUUGCUGUUUGUGGUGCACGCUGACAUCCCGAGUUCUGCUGCGUGGGUGAAGUUGCAGUGA